AUGAAUGUGGUCCACAGACACAGACUACAGUUAGUUGGAUUUUUGUUGUCUGUACUAGGAUGGAUUUUAACUGGUACCUGUAACUAUUUACCAGACUGGAAAAAUCUCAACUUAGACUUAAAUGUACUGGAGCUUUGGACCAUGGGACUCUGGCAAACCUGUAUAGUCCAAGACGUAGGAGGAACACAGUGUAAAGAUUUUGACUCUUUCUUAGCUUUGCCUCUAGAAUUCAAGAUUUCCAGGAUUUUAGUAUCUACAUCAAAUGGACUAGGACUUCUGAGCCUUGUGAUCUGUAGUCUUGGUUUGGACUGUCUAAAGAUGGAGGAUACAGAGCAGAAGCUAAAGAAACAGCUGUUACUACUUGGAGGUAUACUCCUAUGGAUGUCUGGAGUUCUGGCCUUAGUCCCUGUUUCUUGGGUUGCCCAUACAAUAAUCGAGGAAUUUUGGGAUGAAGACAUCCCAGAGAUUGUGCCCAGAUGGGAAAUAGGGGAUGCACUGUUCAGUGGUUGGUUUGGUGGAUUUUUUAUAAUUCUCGGAGGAUCUCUACUCCUCUCCACAAUCUGCUUAUCAUCUGACCAUCAAUUACCAGAGCAGUAUGCAAUGGCAGAUAUGCAAGACACCCAUCAACAUCUGGAAAUUGGAAAUAGAAGACUUUAA